AUUUACUUGAAAUCUUGUCGUUGUUAGUUGAAAAGACACCUAAAAAUUGGGAGGUGCGGGGACUUUGCUUGUAAAGCCCUAUGAUAAUUUGGUUCGGUUCAAGCUGUCGUUCUUCAUCUUCUACAUUUUAUACUAUUCCAGAUUUUGAAAAACAUCGCCGAGAUGAUCAGUUCAGUUCUGGAAACAGACAUGCCAUAAAUGGUGGUGAACGAGAUGCACCAAAUUUGACCAAACUUGGUUCUAGCUCAACUAUUGAGCUUCACGCUGAAGCUGCUUAUGGGGAAUCCAAAGCCACUACUGUGACACCUGCUAGUGUUAUGACUGGGUCAUUUUGAUCAUGGUAUAGCGUAAAACUUACCAGCAUAUUUGGAGGGUAAAGAUGAAUGCAAAAAGAACUUAAUAAAUGCAGUGGGGAGAUACGGACCUUGAAAGACAAAUUCUUAAAAUGACAUAAUUAAGAUUAAGAAUAAAAGUUAGUUACACCAGCAUUAUUACGAGUCAAUCAGUAGGCUCUCCCGAGUGAAUAAGAAAAUGAGUUGUCGAAUGUGAUACUUCUUUUCUCCGAACAGUCCUUACAUAUGAA